AUGCUACCAAAGAGACUGGAGGGCGCAGCUGGUAAAAUAGGCAUUGCCACUGCUGCAAAGGUCAGCUGUCCAGGAAGGCUUGUGGGAGGCAGCUUGGAGAGCGGAGCUGCUGCCAGAGCCCUGGCUAGCCCUACAAAUCCUCCGUCACAUCCUGCCACUGCCUGUGGGAGUGUUCAUCUGCAGGCAGAAAUACUCAGUGUGCUCAGUCACAAAAACAUCAUUCAGUUCUAUGGAGCUGUCAUUGAACCUCCAAAUUAUGGCAUAGUUACAGAGUAUGCUUCUGCUGGCUCACUGUUUGAUUACAUUAAUAGUAACAAAAGUGAAGAGAUGGAUAUGGAUCAUAUCAUGACCUGGGCAACUGACAUAGCUAAAGGCAUGCACUACUUACACAUGGAAGCUCCAGUCAAAGUAAUCCACAGAGAUCUGAAGUCCAGGAACGUUGUUAUAGCUGCUGAUGGCGUGUUAAAGAUCUGUGAUUUUGGUGCCUCAAGGUUCCAUUCACAUACAACACACAUGUCGUUAGUGGGUACUUUUCCAUGGAUGGCCCCAGAAGUUAUUCAAAGUCUCCCAGUAUCUGAGACGUGUGACACGUACUCAUACGGAGUGGUGAGUGCCUUUUAUUUCUCUAUGCAUAGAAGCAGAACUCCAGUGUGACAGAAGUCACAGGAU